CGGGAAACGCGUCGCCGUUGAUGUCAAAAUAAAAGGCGACGCUGUGCGUGACGUUGCUGUUGAUCAACAUCGAGCGGUGGCCUCUUUUUAAAAUUAUAUUUAGAGCGUGAACACCGGUAGUCAGACAUGGGGAAAUCUUUUGCAAAUUUCAUGUGCAAGAAGGAUUUCCAUCCUGCAUCAAAAUCCAACAUAAAAAAGGUAUGGAUUGCAGAGCAGAAAUUAACCUUCGACAAGAAGAAGCAGGAGGACCUGAUGCAGGCUUACGUAAAAGAGCAGGACACCUACAACAACAGGGUGCUGAUGGGUGAUGAUCGCGUGAAGAAUGGCCUUAAUUUCAUGUAUGAAGCUCCUCCGGGAGCAUCCAAAGAAGAGACUAAAGAGAAUGAGGAAGGAGAAUCUGAUUACAAGUUUGAGUGGCAGAAAGUGGCACCUCGUGAAAAAUAUGCUAAGGAUGACAUGAAUAUUCGUGAUCAGCCUUUUGGGAUUCAGGUUCGGAAUGUGAGGUGCAUCAAGUGUCAUAAAUGGGGUCAUGUGAACACAGAUCGUGAGUGUCCCCUCUUUGGCCUGUCAGGGAUUAAUGCCAGCUCCAUGCCCAGUGAUGAAGCAGGUCCGUCAAUGCACCCCUCCGAGUUAAUGGCAGAGAUGCGAAACAGCGGCUUUGCGCUAAAGAAAUGUGUUCUUGAGAGGAGCAACACCAUGAGUGAUCAAACACAGGAAUUUGUGGCGAGUGAGGAAGAAGAUGAUCCCGAGGUGGUGUUUCUAAAGUCUCUAUCUACCAAACAAAAGCAGAAAUUGCUUAGAAAACUUGAUCGUCUUGAAAAGAAGAAAGAAAAGAAAAAGAAGGGUAAAAAGGAAAAGAAGAAGAGCAAAAAGAAUCAGAAAAAGAAACGAGCCAAGGGUGAAAGUUCAUCCAGCAGCUCUUCAGAAGACAGCAGCGAUUCUGAGCCGGAGAAACGUUCUGGAAAGAAAGCCAAAAAUAAAAGCAAGAAAAAGAGAGACUCCUCCAGUGAAAGCGCCUCCGGGAGAGAGCGUGAUGACCACAAACGGUCUUGCAGUCUGUCGAAACGGCGCUCUCCAACACGCAAUGAGCGGGACGGCAGAGGAGAGAAAACUCACAGAUCACCAGAGGACAAAACCAGACGGGACGACCGAGAGCGAUUCAGGGAGGAGAACGAGAGAAGUAAAGAGAAAUGCAGAAGUAGAGAGGGAGAGAGAAAUAAACGAGACGAGAGCAGAGAGAGAGGAAGAGAUAAACAAGAUGAGAGCAGAGAGAGAGGGAGAGAUAAACGAGACGAGAACCGAGGGAGAUAUAAUCGAGACGGAAGCAGGAGCCCUCAGAGAUGGAGGAAUGAGAGACACAGAGAGAAUGAGAGACAGAGGAGUGCCAGCAGGGAGAGAGGGAGGGAGAAAAUGGACAGAAGUCGAGAGAGAGAAAGAACUGGUGGGAGAGGUGUAGACAGGAGCGUCAGUAGGGAACGAGGACAGGGCAGAAGAGAACUGAGCAGAAGUGAUAGCAGGGAUUCGGGGUGCAGAAAAGAAAAGAAAAACGGUAGUUGAAAGUGUACACCACUUUUACACGCAUUAUGGCAAAACUUAUGUGGCUGUUGUCUUGGAUAAACCAAAGCUGUUUUUAAAAACCUCCUGACCACCCUUAUCUCAAGAAGUGGAGUUAAGUCUGGACAAAAAAGGACAAACGUGCGCUAUAUAGUCUGUGCGCUGUUUCAAGACUUCUAAUGCGAUCUGAUCAUUUUUGUUGAAUUUUUUUAAGGUUAUUCACUGACAACCUUCCCCUUUGUUGGCACUCCAAAGUGUCAUUUGUAUUUGUGCUUUUAAAUUUAUGUUGCUUCCAAGUUCCAACCUUUUUGAAUUAAAGAGUGACCAUCUGGCGUUUUCAGAUCGUUCCCUUUUUACACACUGUGCCAGCAGAGGGCGCUGAAAGAAUGCAGAAACUGCUGAUUAUAAACUGGUGAUUUAAAUCUUGAAUUGAUUUUAUUUGUAUGGUGUAGUUUCAAUGCAGUACAUGUUCUCCCCUAAGCGUUUAAUCUUUCAAAAGUGUCAAGUUUAUAUGAGCUUUACAGGAGGAUAUUAUAUACAUAUCAGUUUAAAUGAUUUAUUUUAUUACAUUGUGUACACAUGUGGACGUAAUGUGCGACGUUAAUGCAAAUAUGUAGAUGAGAUUUAAUGGCUUGGGCAUUUAUAAAGCUCAAAAAUGCAUAAUGCUUUCAUUUGACUAGUUUACCUUAAACCCAGAUCAAAUGCUGUCGAAAAUACUGCUUAAGAUGCAUUGUUUUACAUUACAUCAUUUCCACAAAACUUAAUUUCAACCCUCUUCCUUUUAUAAAUAAAUCGAUAGAAACGAGAUUUUCUUAAAAUGGAAUUUGUGUUGUAAUAUUGUGGUUUCAAAUGUGGGAGGACAAGACUGAUGAUGAAACGAAUUUUGUAUUUAAUAUUAGCUAUAAGCUAUUGAAUGAAGUUUCAAUAUAUUUUCCAGUCCUACUAACGUCAAUAAACUGAAUCUAAAAUGAA